AUGUUGUGCAUAUUAUGGCUGACCAUUCUGAGCCUGUCUGUCCCGGUGAAGGGCGGCCUGAUCUCUGCGAGCGCUGAGGCCCUCGCCAAAGCAGGAGGCAAGAAUGUUGGGGCAGCAGCAGGCAACAACAUAAACGCAGCUGCUCAAAAUGGGGUGAAUGGUCAAGCUGUAGUGGCCCAUAUAGUUCCUUUCGGAGGAACGUUUUUUCUGCAGCAAGCUGGGAACCAAGUAGGCCAGCCUCCAGUACAGCAGCUCAUACCUCUCUCAGCUGUUCAGCAAGGAGGCCAGUUUGUGGUGGGGCAACCAGGGCAGCCAGGACCAGGCUCUCCCAUCACGCUGUUCACCAUACUUCCACAAGGGGGCGGCAUUGGAACCCCACAGAAUACAGUUUUGACUCAAGGCCAGGUGCAGCUCAUCUCUGCGGCCGGAGUCAGCAGCCAGGCCGCCCCGGGGAACGCUGGGGGAAUACCAGGCGGACUCCGCUUUGUGCGAUCGGCCGCGACUCGCCUCCGGAGAACGAAAGUGUCUGGGACCAAAGCGAUGGCGUCGGAGGAAGAGGAGGAAGAGGAGGAGGAAGAGGAAGGCUCCGGGAUGGAUAGAAAAAGAAAUAAUUAA